UACUUCCUCUAUUCUUUCAUAGUUUGCUGUGAAAGCAGGUGUGGAGCAACAUCAAUGACAAUGUUUUCAUGAACCCUUUUAGAUAGUACACGACAUAAGAACGACAUAAUUGUGUUAUUUUCCAUUUUGCUGUCUGUGUGGGCUGAAGUUUGUUUUAUCCGCUAGUACUCGAACUCAGCAUAGUAGUGCGUCAUGCUGCGUUCGCGCCCGGCUUUGUAUAUCGUCGCUGGGGCUGUGACUGAACAUGUGAAGGCCACAUCAUUUUUAUCAUUAUUGCAGAAGAAUAAUCAAUGUUUUAUAGUUUGCUAAAACAUCUUAAAGGUGUGUUGCUUUACACCAACAGUUGUCAGUUUUAAUAGUCUAAUGGAAGCAUUUUCUUCUUGACAUACUGAAUUGCAUUUGGCCAUGUAAAACCACCAAUAAAAUGUGGCAUAUUUAAAUUCGAUAUGAAAGAUCGUAAUAUAACUUAUUUCUACACGAGUUCUUUCAGCCCUAUGGUUAAACAUGUACAUGCUAUCAACGGACACUUCCGGUAUCCAAUCACAGUCACCUGACUGCACAAAUGACCAUCAGAAGGUUGUGUGGAGUGAGUGAGCGCGAGCCGCCCGCUUUUUCUUAAACAGAUUUUCAUAAUGCGCGUGUUAAUUUGUGGACCUAAACUCGCCGCGUGCGGCAUGGUGCUGAGCACGUGGGGUGUCAUAAUGCUGGCCAUACUGGGGAUCUUCUUCACCACGCACUCGGCGGUGCUAAUCGAAGACGUGCCUCUGACAGAUAAAGACAUCUACGCAGAUACAAACCCUCAGCGGAUCUACGACCUAUACAACAAUGUGGGCUACAACUGUUUCAUAGCAGCUGCUGUCUACAUCCUGUUCGGCGCCUUCGCUUGUUGCCAGAUGAGGCUCAAUAAGCAGAAGGAACUGGUGCAUUAGUGCCUCCUGUUGGAUUGAGGAGCUCCCAGCAGUACCCACGACAGCUCGAGGGUGGCGUAAAGACAUUCACCUGUUCUCUGAUUACUGACCUGACUGUCUCGGGGUUGCACAUUCUCAAUGAGAAGCUAUAAGGGUGAGACUGAAUGCUGUGUGAGACCAAGUCACUGUUCUGCACCUUGAUGUAUUUAUUUGAGAUGAGAUUAAUUCUACCUCUGAGUGCUGAAAUUAUAAUAAGUUUGUUUAGUAAUUAUGAUAAUUGUUAAAGGCCCAGUGUGUUGGAUUUUAGGCAGCUCUAUUGGCAGACGUGGGUUUUCAUAAAGAAGGGAACGCCUAUACACAUGGAAUAUGGGGGUGAAGGCAGUCUGCCAUCUCAGAACUAAAUGCAGCUCAGUCCUACACACUGGACCUUUUUGAAGGUUGUUAAGUAUAUUGUCUUGACUUCCUCUUUCAUAGCUUCUGUACUGUACAAGGCAAUGUAUCUCUGACUAUGCCAGUAUCCACCUGCGUUUGGAAUAAUAAUCAUUAAAUCCAAGUUAUUUAUUCA